AAUCGCAUAAAAUAGAUCAGGACUUGUGAAAUGCUCUUGUAGAGCCUCACCGCCCCUUUUCUAAUCGCAUAAACCCCUUUUGAAAUCCACGAAAAAUGUCUGCUUCGACGUCAAGGGCUGUUGUUUCCAGAUUAUGUUCUCGAUUUUCCAUCAAGCUAUUCAAUGGAAAACCAUUAAAAUCAAGCUCUUCCAAUCCCUCACUAAAACGCAUUUCUGCUACUUCAAGAUUACCGGUGCAGCUGUGUUCUUUGUUAUCAAUGAUGCCUUUGCACAGUGCAGUUGCUUCCUCCCGACUGACUUCGGCUCUUUCGGCUGAGUCUCAAAGCUGGGGUUUGAUUCCUCUAGGUAUCUCUAUGCCCUUAUGACAGCAAAAAGUGACUGGAGGUGCCAUUUCUCUAUUAGCAAACUGACUGCCCUGACAUGUCUGUUUACUUGUUUGUUUGUUUUCUUCACUAUUCACAACAGCAAAUGUUAUAUUUGACCAACUGGGUUUGUUUUUGACCUCUCUUUAGCAGUCAUAAUAAUGCACUCAUAUUUGACCUUGACUAUGUGGUAUUAUUUGCAUGAUAAUAAGUAGUAGCGUUUGUAAGCAAAAA